UGGAGUGAAAGUGAACAUUUGUCUAUACCAGAGGGAUUUUUGGUCUAAGACUUGGAGAUCUUACAGGACUCUGAAAAUGACUCUCCAAAGGUUGUUUGGGUACUUAGGGGUGAUCAUUUUCCUCUGUAAUGGUUGUCAAUCACAGGGCCUGGUUUGUGGUAAUGUAGCGGCAAAGGGGUCCAGAAUCAUUGGGGGUCAAGAUGCCCAGCCAGGAGCCUGGCCCUGGCAGGUAUAUUUCACUACAAAUGACUCUUCCUGUGGAGGGUCGCUGAUUAAUGAUCAAUGGGUGCUGACAGCUGCUCACUGCAUAAACAGAGAUGAUCUUUACCACACAGAUGUCCAUCUUGGCGUUACACAGCUAGAUGUUUCUAGCCCAAAUAAAUUGACUCGAAAACUCUCUGAAAUCAUCUGCCAUCCUGAUUACCACAGUUUUACAUCUGAAAACGACAUCUGUCUCUUGAAGCUUUCGGCUCCUAUUAACUUUACUAACUACAUACAGCCAGUCUGCCUAGCUUCUGAAAACAGCACUUUCCAUGAUGGGGUUACUAGCUUGGUAACAGGUUUUGGUGUCACUGAUUCUGGCCACACUUCUACUCUGCAGGAAGUAGAGGUACCGAUAGUGGGAAACAACAGAUGCACAUGCUACUACCAGGACCUUUUCAAUAUGUAUCUUCUUUUCUUUGAAGACCUGGACACAAAUAAUUACUUGUGUGCUGGACUUCAACAAGGUGGAAAGGACUCUUGUCAGGGAGAUUCGGGGGGACCACUGGUAGUACAGAACCAAAAUAGUUCUAUAUGGGUCCAGGCUGGAGUUGUGAGCUUUGGUGAAGGCUGUGCUAAACCAAUGAAACCUGGGAUCUACACUAGAGUGUCCAAGUACCAGAGAUGGAUCAGUGACACUGUCACAGGCAUGGAACCAGGCUUUGUUACUUUUACCUCCCAUGGAAUCGACAGCGACUCUGGCUUUCACUGUGCUGCCACCACCCCUGCUACUCCUAUCAGCACGACCACUGAUGUCAGUAUUUUUGACAGUGGUGAAACCUUGAGCCACCUCACUUACUUCAUGGCUCUUAUUUGCUCUGUUACCUCAAGUUUUUGUUGGUAAUGUUCAAAGAAAAGAUUUCACUUAAUACACGACACAUAAUACUGUUAUUGAUAUGGGUGGUUCACUUUUAAUUGAUUGUACUGCAGUUCUAAGACAUACUAAUGUACAUGUUACUUUAUUGAAGAACACUUGUCAUGAAAUAAAAAAAAUACAUGGUAAUCACAUUGUGUAAGGUUAAAAAUAAAAUAUUUCUUUUUUAAACUGGAGUACCAGAGAAAAGGAAAGUUUAUAAUGUUAUCAUAAAAAAGCAGUAUUGUUAAAUUGCAAAG